GGGAACUUCGUUGGGUGGCAGUGUCGUGUGCCUCGAGUUCGACAGUGGACGUGGGAAAAGGGGGGAGAAAGUGAGAGAGAGAGAGAGAUAAAGAGAAAUAUAGAAGCAGUUUUAAAGUGGUAGUGAUGAAGGUGUCCGUGAUAUAGUGCGGGAUAAGUGCUGCGAUUUAAGUAUUGUGAUAUGAUCCUCCGAGAUGCAAGGUGUCUCUGAAUAUAACAUAAAUGCUAUAGACUGAAACCAAAGGGGAACUAAGCCUCAUUAUUAUCUUCGUGCUAGUGAAACUCGGCGUCGUGACCGUAGACUUAUCCAAAAGGAACAAAGAAGACGUCAUCAUGUUGGCGCUGAAGAGGAUACUGGAGGGAGAGGAAGCCAACAUGGAUCUCUCGGCCCUGACGGAGACCGAGCGGGACGCCAUCUUGGCCGUGCUCGAGCGGGAUCAGAUGCUCCGAAAGCAAGACAGGCAGCGAGUCUACCGCCUGAAGACCGAGCUGUCAUGGCUGCGGCGUCGAGGGGCAGUCCGCGCCGACGAGGACGAGGGCGCCGCGUCGCGCACCUGCGGCAGGUGUCGCGCGGAGCUGGGCCUCAUCAUCAACCGGGGCGCGCCGUGCCGGGCCUGCCGUCAGCGCGUGUGCAAGCAGUGCCGCGAGUACAGCGUCAACGGCAGGGACUGGGUCUGCACCGUCUGCCAGAAGCAAAUAGACAUACAGCUGGCCACCGGCGAGUGGAUGAACGAAUUCGUGCGCAGACCAAGUCGCCGAAGAGAAAGCAAGGUUUAUGUGCCCCCAGCAGAUGUUGUCAAGCGAUCCCUCAUCAAGAGGUCAUGGACUAUCUCAAGGACUGACUUACGAGAAGACGGGACGAGGGAUCUUAAGCGAUUGCCAUGUCCUCCCACUGGAGAUCGCACUUCUCCUGAGCUCCGGGCACACAGCGGCCGUCCAGUGCCCACGCCCCGCAAGGCACCCCGCGGCCACUACCUCCCUGCCGACGAGAACGAGCCCCCGUGGGACGCCCCGCAGUACCCUCCUCGGGCAGCGCCGCCCAGGCGCUAUAGCAUGAGCAGCUUUGACGGCGUGCCUCCCUCCUCACGCCACCUGAAGGGCCCCGCUCCCGCCCCCCCGCGCGCCCACUACCACGACGCACGGGAGCCCAGCCCCCACAGCCCCUUCGGUCACCACAGCCCCCUGGGCCACCACAGCCCUCAGAGGUACUCCUCGCCCGAGUCCCCGCCGGUGCCGCAGCGUCGCCGGGUGCUCCCCGACCUCCCCCCGCACCCCGGCCCGGGGCUCCUCGCCAACCCCGAGCGGCCGUCCACGCUUCCACGCAAGCUGCGGGAGCCCAGGCACAGCAGCCGCCAGUCCCCCCCCGCGCAGCACGACCCCAACCGAUUCCACUCCAUGCCCCGCACCAGGACGCGGUCCCCGAGCGGGCAGGGGCGCGGGCGCUCCGAGCCCGCCCACCGGCCGCAGUCCCCUGUGUUGCCGCUCCGAGAGAAUCCCGCCCUCGGAGGCUACAUCAGCUCGGGGCCGGUAACUAGCACGCCCAUCAUGCACGACCCGGGGCUCGUGCAGCACAGACUUGGCACCCGCGAGGCGCCCCCCACGCCCGCCCCGAGAGAUCUCUCACGCCCGCCCGCCCCCGGCCGCCCGCCCGAGCAAGGGACGCCCAACUCCUCCCUGCGUCGCCACCCGCACAUGCCGUCCGGCGGGCCGCGGCUCGCCCGCAGCGACGCCGACCUCGGGAGUCUAGGGCGCCUGAACCGCUGCGACGUCGAGGGCGUGAGCUUGAGUCGCAGUCGGACCGAGGUGGACGCCACGCCCAUCAUCAAUAACCGCAUCCCAGCGUCGCGGGCGGACUCGGGCGUGAGCGGCUCCUCGAGGGGCGGGACGUCCGACAACAGCGACUACGACAUGGACGCGAGCAACCCUUUCAGGAAGACGCCCGGGCCGCGCGGGCGCCCGGGCGGCAACCCGACCACAGUCACCUCAGGUUUCGCCACGACGGGACGCCCUCGGAAGCCGUCCCACAACCCCGCGGGCGUGAGGCGGAGCCGCUCCUUCCAGGUGGGGACGACGCGGCUCGAGGACGAGUUCCCCCACCUGAAGGAUUCUCUGUCCGGCCAGGUCGCCCGCUACGUCAAGGAGCUGGAGAAGGGCAUCCAGAUGACCGUCGAGAACAUGAUGCCCAAGAAGCCUCCCCUGCCCCCGGGGGAGACUCCCAGGGCGCUGGCGAGUCCGUCGAAGGAUUCCUCCGUGUCGGGCAGGAGCCGGAGCCUCGGUCGGCGGCCGAAGGACAGGGCGGCCGGGUCCCCGAGCGACGCGAGCGACGGGUCGCGGCAGGAGUCGGAGGAGCGGUCGUCGUCGUCGUGCCCGCACUCGGAGCCGUCGUCGGGGCCGCGGCACUCCGACACCGCCUCGGACAUCGUGCUCGACGCCCAGAGGAUGGUGCCCGAAGGCGACGACUACAAGCUGGUGUUCAUCAGCUCCGACUCGUCCAAGGACUCGGAGCUCAACUCGUCCAUCGACUCCGACACCUCGGCCUCGCCCUCGCGCCGCGUGUCCAGCGCCAGCGCCGUCAACGACUCCGACACGGCCGGCUUCAUCGACGAGAGCGACUGGGACUACUUCGAGUCCGAGUCGCAGGCGGGGAGGAGGCGGAAGGGCGGCGGUGCCCCGAGGGUGGCGGCGCCCGCGCGUGUCGAUGCCUGCGUCAUGACGGAGGCCGAGUACCUGAGCGGCACGGGGUCGGAGUGCGAGGACGGGGAAUCCCCUCAAGUAGAGGAUGUGUCCCUCCUCCUGUCCCUCCGCGUGCCGUCCCCCCAGCCCGCCCCCGCCCCCGCCCUCGCCCCCGCCCACGCGCGUAAUGACAGCGACGCGAGCAACAUGACCACGGAGAGCCAGGAGGUCCAGCUCUCCUUCGAGGAGUCCACCACGCCCGUCACUCCCGUCACACCUGUCACGCCUGUCACACCUGUCAACAGCGCCCCCCUCCUGGCCCCCCUCAGCUCCCUGGACACGGCGGAGCUCCACGCUAUGCUGCGCCAGACGGAGGCGGUGCAGGCGGAGGCCCAGGCGUUGCAGGCGGCGCUGAUGGGCGCCUUCACUCCCCCCGACAACGUCCUGAGCGCCGUCCAGGGAGGCCGCUGGUUCCGGCGGGGCGACUCGACCCGCAGCUCCGCCGAGAGAUCCGUCGACGAAUUGUCCUGCCACGACCAGUUCCGCGCCCUCGGCAGCCCGCACGACUCCCCGGCCCUGAGGGAGUACCGCAAAAGGGUGUUGACGGAAAUUCAGAACUAUUACGGCGUCAAUCAGGGCACGGGCAUGGCGUCUCGCCCCGAGUGGUACAGCUAUCUCUCGCGUCAUCACCAAGACCCCCCUUCCCCGGCACCGCCACGGCUAUCGCCCUUAUCUAAUCAGGGCAAAGAUAAGCUCAGUAAACAAUCGGCGCCCCGUCACAGAGGCAGCAGUGGGAAGGCUGGCCCCGGUGUCGCUGCCGCGGUAGCUGGUGGUGCGCGCAAGUCCAGUCGAGAUAUUUGCAUACAGACUGACCCCGCACUCAACACAAGCUGGGAAGAGGACGAUCUCACACCUGAGCCCCUGGGCCACGCCCCUCCUCCCUUCAUUAAGACCCAGGCCGCCCACGAAACCCGGACGCACGCCCACACCACUACGUCAAGGGCAGUGAGCGCAGGGAUGAGUCUACCCCGAGAAGCAGGGGUAGAAUCCACAAGGGCUGGCCGCCGCGAAGGUGAAGGCGGGGGUAGUGGAGGGAGGGGCCGGGAGCGAGGCGGUGGACGGGGGGACUCGGCGCUGAUCACCCCCCACCUGCCUCACCCCCCCUCCUUCCACCUGCACCUCACGCUCAGCAGAGAGACCUCAGUCGCGCAGCCGUCCGACUCGGAGGCGGAUGAGAGGCUCUUGGACAACAGUUCCUGUGUUAGUAGUGAUUUAGGCGGCGAUUCCGCGAGUGAUUUCGAGUACCGUGACGACCGCGGCGCGAGUGUGAAGUGCGUGAAGAGUGACUUGAAGGAGGAAAGAAAGAGUGAAGAUGGUGAGGCGAGUGUGUUAGGAGCGCAGUGUAAGAGGGAUCAUGGCGGCCCAGGUGGGGGGGAGGAGGCUCCUAGGUCCCCCCGCAUAGCAGCAGCUACCACCGCGCACGCACACCCCAGCCACAACACACGCCCGUCCCCGCCCCAGCCAGCGCCAAGGAGGACCAUGAGUGCCUUACGAUCACAACACAAGCUUCCCGCCGAGGCCUCACAACCCCAAGAAAAUGGCGGAGAUCUCGACGCAUCGGAGAGAGUUAUCCCGUCCGAGGACGCGUCGCAGACAGAUUCCCCCGCUGCUCCGAUCUCACUUGUCCCCGAGGACGAUAGCCCGCCCUCGAGCAGCACCAGCGAGGCCGAGGAUACGGAUGAGGAGAUGCACGUGUCUCGAAGUUACAACAUCUCUAUAGUCGGUGAAGUUGACGGCGGAAGCGAGACAGAAAAUCUUCCUGAAGGUGAGGUUGGCAAACACCUCGAGGCCGAGGAACAUGACAGUUCCACCUCGUCCUCCAGUGGUAGUGACACAGACGAAGAAAAACACGUUAGCAGAGAGUACACCCUCACUAGGUCCUCCUCGACCGACUCCGGCCUCGAGAAGGCUCACAGCGAAGCCCUCGACGACGAGGAAGACGAGGAGAGCCCGCCGGUGGUUAGCCUCAAGCAGGAGGUCAACGUCAUCGAGGCUGUCAAUGAAGCAGUCACCGCAGAUAUUGUUGACACUACCUUUGAUGACGUCACGGCCGGCGGGGGUGAGGGAGAGAAGGAGAAGGAGGAGGAAGCAACGGCUGUGGCUGUAAACAAAGUGCUCUGUGAUCUUCCUGAGGGCGACGGAGUGGACGGGAACGCAGAGGUGGAAACAACAGAUAAUAGCGUGGAGGAAACAGUGGAAAAAGAAGAAAAUCCAAGCCAGCAUGUCGAAACCAGGGACGUGCAACAGAGUGAAGCAGUUGCUAGUGUUCGUGAGACCGAGGAAUGUAAUGAGGAAUCCGUCAGUGUUUUGGCAGAAGCCGAGGGAGAGGGAGUUGUGGUGGAGGGAGAUGGUGGGGCGAAUGAGGGGGAGAAUGUGCUGAAGAAAACCGAAGUGGCAAGUACUAGUGAAAGUGAUGAUGUGAGUGUAGAAAAGUGUGAGAUGACGAGUGCAGAUAAUAUGGUAGAAGAUGAAAAAAUGGUGCAAAGUGUAGAGGGUAAUGAUGGUGCUGUAGUGAGUGUGAAUGAUGGCGCACGUGUCGAGGGUGACGUAAGUGUUGAUAACGCUGACACGAGUACCGAGGCGAGCGCAGUUAGUGAGGCGGAGGCGGCGCUCGCCCAGGAUGAAAAAACGAGUACUGUCGAGGAGGAAAAUGCGAUCAGCACCGCGUCUGCUGUUCCCCCCGAAGAAGAAAAAACAGUAGCGUCUGGAGGCGCGCAGGACGACAGUGCUAAUAUUGAGGGUGCUGCUGAGCCCUGUCGAGAAGAGGUCACUCAGGCAGAGGUCACUGAGUCCUCUAGUCAGGCAGAGGCUGUCCCCGAGGGCUCAGCGCCUCCUGUUGACACUCGGGAGGAGGCGAAGCCAGAGGAAGGACCCGUGAAUGAGGAGCCCGCCGUCGCCCAGGGCGGAGACACGAGUCCCGAGGAGGUGCCCUCGGGCUCUCACGACGACGGGGCUGCGGGCGGCGGUGGGUCGGCCGCGCUUGGUGACGAGGCGGCUGUAUGCGAAGAGGGCGAGUCAGAGGCUGGUCCUGCUGCUACGCCCUCAGGAGACGCCUUGACCGUCUCGGCGAGAGAGAGUGAGCCGACGCGAGAAAGUGAAGGGUCGGGGACUGAUGCUGAAAGUAACUCCGGCGUGGCAACCCUCAGUGGCGGCGGCGGCGGUGAGAGCCCCGAACCUCCUGGCACUAGUGCUGUCGACGCCGGAAGUGUACAAGUGGAACACAGCGCUGCUGCCUCCGCCAACCACACGUCAGUACCACAUGACGCGCCUGCGGGCCCGCACACGUCGCCUCUCGCUCCGAGCGCUGACACCGCUAACCCGCAGUCGCAGCCCGAGGAUACCGAAGCGCUGCCUUGCGUCGUGAAGGAUUCCGCCCAGGAGGACGGCGUGAAGUGUGAGAGUAAAGUGAACAGUGCUGGGAGGGAGUCGAGUGAGUCGGGGCACUCCAGCGCGGGCGAAAGCGAAGUGGAGCCCGACGACCAAGGGAACGUUGUGAAGAUUAGUGUAACGGAGCAACACCACGAUCCUCCUGACGAUGGUGUCAGCAUUCCUGUGGGCGUGGUGGGCGGUGAGGGCGUAAAGCAGGAAGUGAGAAGAUUUGCGGUGCGGCGAGUACGAUCUCCCGAAGUGGUGUCGCGCCACACGCCGCCCGUGCCCUCCAGACGCACCAAACGGUCCUCCUCGUCGGACGGCGUCUCCUCCUCCUCUGACAUCGAGAGAUCCGACGCUGACGCCAGUGACUCCGCUGACACCGUGGUGGAAGGUGGAAAGCUGCACGCCGAGCUACGCAGAUUCGCGCUCCAGCAGCGGCCCAACCUGCACGACCACGACGACAAGAGUCGUGACUCAGACGGGCCUUCGUCCGCAGACUCCGUCCUCCACGGCGCUGACAGCGAGUCCCAGUGCUCCGACAACAGCGAGGAAGGGAACCUGGUGUCUAUCGUGUCCGUGGGAGACGAGGACGACUCCAACACGCGCCUCUCCUCGCACGGCAGGAUCUACAUUCGCUCCGACUCCACGGACUCGGACGUGCAGAUCAAGCCCACGUGCAUCGUCGUGACGGGCUCCUCCGGGGCCGAGUCCGGCGAGGACGGCGACGCCGACGGCGAUGGCAUCAACGUGAACGCCGAGAGAAACAUAAAAAAUGAAGGCAACGACGUCACGAUUCUGGAGGUGACGAGCGACGGCCGCCGUGGGCACGUCAUGUCCGUGCACGUCACGAGCCCGGACUCGUCGCGAAGCGCCUCGCCCGCGCGCCGCAGCCAGGUGAGCGAGCUGCAGUCCAUGAUUCUGACCACGCGGGAGAGGCAGCAGCAGUUCCGGCGAUCGCCCACGGAGAUGAAGGAGUCGUCCUCCGGCCUCGCCAACUACUUCACCCUCACCCUUGGCACCGACUCGCCGCACGCGCCUCGCCGCUUCAACAAAACCCCGGAGAUUCGACGUCGGAAGGUCGACCGGCCCGAAAUCGUCGAGUCUCCCGCAACCACGAGUCCCACCAGCCCCAACCCGACGCCGGACCACUCCGAGGGUGACCUCCUUGCCUACGAGGAGCACCACGGCAUCGACAUCGAAGAGGACUACUCCAUUCCUCACGAUUAUGACUCGGGGGAGGACGCCGAGCGGAUCGUGCCCUUCCCGGACGAGGCGAUGUUCGAGGAGGACAUCUCGUUCGACGAGGCUCACCACUUCAACGAAGCUGACGAGUUCAGCGGCGGAGAUUCGUUCAUCGAGAAUGAAGUCGACGGGAAGUUCGACUCCAUGGAGGAUGGCGAGUCCAUUCACAGUGAGUCUUACUACAGCGAGUCCUCCGGCGACGAGAUCAUGGAACGCGAGGACGAGCUCCGUGGCUACUGCAACCGAGCCAUCGACUUCACGCUCCACACCAUCAUCGAGGAGAGCUGCGAGGAGAGCGACUACGAGAGGAAGCCCAAGGACGAGGACGGAGCGAAGGCGGCGCCGUCGGAGCUCGAGAAGUAUUUCUAUUACGGUCUCGGAAACGGCCCAGUGGACUCCAUGAGGUACGCCAACGAGGAGAGCGAGUUCAGCGACAAUUUCUCCGAGACGUCGAGCUCCAUCUUUAGCGACGUCGACUCGAAGUUCGACGAGGAUAUAGAUCCCGCGGAGUUGGCCUCGUCUCGCUUGGAAAAAUAUUUCCUCUUGAGAUUUGAACGACAGCCGUCCAUCAGGUCUGUCGGGGAGGACUCGGAGCUCCACACCGACGAGAGCGGCUCCGUCGGAAGUGACUCCGAGGGUUCCCCGAGCCCCGAGCAGCCCCGCAAGAAACUGGUGAGAAGACCGCGGGGGUUCCGGCCGGGCGUCGCGAACAGGUGCCUCGCCACGAGCGAGAGGGCCGACGGCGCGCCCAGCGACGGCUCCCACCACUCCGAGGGGGACGAGGUGGAUAGGACCCUCGUCAGCGGCGAGGACGAGGGCUCCACCGAAUCCGAGGAGACCGCCUUCGACAAAGCCGACGGUCAGUUCGACACCAUCAAGCGAAGGAAAAAGAAAAAGAGUUCUAGUGAUUAUUCUGAUAAGAGAUCUGAUAGUGAUAAGAGUGAACUUCGGGGCCUUGAGCAUAUCGAUAUCGAACAUAGAGAGGAAAUCUGUGAUCUAAAAAACGCUGAGGCGCUAAAGUCCCUGGUGCAGGAAGCUGAGAAAGUGACCAAAAGAGUGACGAUAGAAUGUGAUAAAGAUGGCAGAGAGAAGCACGACGAGAAGGACGAGAAGGAAGGUGACCUCGCCGACAGAAAAUACCAAAGUCGAGACAGCGGUUUCAUCGGCAGCUCGGACGACCUCCUCAAGGACAAGCCGGAGGACACUUCGAAGGAGCAGAAGGCCGGCAUGUCCUCCGAGUCCAGCCUGGAGGACGGCGAGGGCUCUAGGUCAAAGGACAAGGACCAAGACCCGCUGUCCAAGGGCGAGGAGAACAAAAGCGACAGCUUCGACAACGACAGCAACAACAACAAGUCGGAGAACGAGGAGCGCAGCGGCGGCGAGGGGAAGGUGUCGAGGUCGAGCACAGGCUCCUCCGUCGACCUCCCGCCCUUCUGCCCCAACAAGGCCCGCAACAAGAUCUGCCGCAAGGACUCCUUCAACAACUGGAGUUCCGACGAGGAGACCAACAUGAUGAUGAGCAAAAUGCGCGCUUUUUUCAAGACAAUGAUCUCAAACACCCGCGAAGCCCCCAAGGGCCAGCGGGUGAAGCCUCCUCAGCUGCUGGCUUUCGAGGCGAAGCUCACCAACCUCAUGAAGACUGUCCCGGGCAUCAACGACGAGCAGGUGAAGGAAAUCGUCGAGUACCUGAGCUCUGAAGACACGUGGAGCGACUCCUACGACUCUUCAGACUACACAAGCAGCGACCUGGAAGGCGCCUACGCCCUGCUGGACCAGGCCGACCCCGAGAUGAAGAGCGACCUUCAGGAGCAGAUAUCCGCCUCCUGCCAGCAGAUCAUCCAAAAGUUCGACCAAAGCCGGGAGCCGAGCGACACUGACAGCGCCCACUCCCUCUUCGGCGGGAGGGCGUGUUCGGAGAGCUCCGAGGAUGCUUCCCCGUCCAGUCGGGACACGGUGUUCGUGUACCAGCGGCUCAUGUCGUCCAUCUCGCGCAUGAAGCCAGACAGCGACCGAGGCAGCAUCGGCUCGGGCUCGCAGGGCGCCUCCCCGCCCCUCCUGGCCAAGGUCAUGCACCACAUCGGCAAUCGCCUUGUGGCUCUCAUGCACGAGGUGUCCGGCGGGAGCGAGAACGGCGACGACGAUUCCCUCAGCGGCGGCCACCCCGUCACGUCCAGCCCGAAGGUGCCGCUGUUCAUCCCCAGGAAGCACAAGUCAGUCGACUCCAUUUCCAUCGACUCGUCGGUGGAGAAGAGCUCGCUGACGAGCACCAGCUUCGAGUCCGAGGACAGCCCCACGGACACCGAGCAGUCGCCCGAGUCGGACCCCGGCACGCCCAAGGCCCGUCGAAGGCAAGGGCCUCUCUCCAUCAUCAGCGAGAGGUCCUCUGCGGAGGACUUCACGUCCCUGGAGAGCGAGCGCACGGUGUUCGCUUCGCACGACUCCCCCCGCCACCACGCGCGCCUCGACGCGGGGCGGCCGCAGCAGGCCACGGCGUCGCAGCGCAGCCUGGAGGAGCGAGGCGUCACCAACAUCCAGUACUUCGUGACGGAGGGAAGCAACAACGAGGUGGAGGUGUGGCAGAGCGUUACCAUUGACAAGGACAAGUUCGACGUCCGUGAGCACCACGGCGUCCCGCGGGCCCGCCGUAGCGCGCGCCGCCAGGAGGCCCGGAAGGCCAAGAGUCACAUGAGCCUCGAGAAGAUCCACCAGGAGGAGGUCAAGACGACGGGCGAGAGGUCGGAAUCCCUCGGGGACUUACUGGACCGUGUCCGCUCGUCGGAGUUCUCCAGCAGCUACGAGCAGCUCGACUCCGACUCCACUCUGAAGGCGUCCGAUUCCCUGGACUGCCACAUCGGGAGUAGCUCCUCCAAUUUCCGCCUGAACGCGUCCAGCCGCGGCUCCCUGACCACGAGCAGCCGCGGCAGCCUGGCAGCUUCUAGUCGAGGGUCCCUGAACGCCGGGUCGCGGGGCUCCCUGCACGGCUCCUCCGGCCCCGAGGAGGAGGACGAGAAGAAGCACAAGAAGCUGAGCUUCUUCCGCUACGCCCGCCGCUCGUCUAUGCCCGACACCAGCAAGGAUCGCAUGUCGCCGGAAGUGCGCUCCACCACGCUGCCUCGCUCCAACCCCACCCAGGUGGCCUCCACGGCCUCCCUCCCCAGAUCUCAGUCCGCCCUCCUCAACAAGGUGCCUGCUGCAGUCACCUCCUCCGCCCACACCCACUUCUCUUCCCCACCUUCCACCCUCGACAGAUUGACGGGCGGCACUACGGGGCCGCGCUCCGCCCGUUACCACGCCCCAGGAUAUCGGCCGCCGCCCGCCACCACCACGCCCAAGCGCACCGUCUCCACCCCCGGCCUCCCGUCCUCCCUCAGGAAGGACGUCGUGAGCUCCUGGGCACCUCAAGAUGAGUCGACGGGCUCCCUGGACGAGGGCGUCGGCCAGAAGAGCGCCUCCCCGUCGCCGCUGGUGGGCUCCGCCGGCAGGAUCUCCGGCCGGGAGUCCGUUGCGUCGCUGGCCUCCUCCACCGACAACUCCACGGCCACCCACCCCGACGAGGACAUCGAGAGGCUCCUGCAGAUCAAUGAGAGGAAGAGGAACUCCCUCACCCCCCUUGGAAAUACCCUGGGAAAAAGGGUGAAGGCUAUUGAAACACUGAGUUCCUUGGGAUUAAAGACAAAAUCACUAGGAAACCUGUCCCGGAGCGAGAGUAUGGCUUCGGUGUGUUCCGCGGGCGCCGAGGGUCGCUACGGCACUGUGGUCGUCAAGGGCGAGAUCGAGCUCGGCCUCCAGUACAACUACAAGGAGGGCCAGCUCGAGGUCCGCGUCGUGCAGUGCCGUGACCUCGCCGCCGUCGACACCAAGAGGAACCGAUCCGAUCCGUACGUGAAGGUGUAUUUGCUCCCGGACAAGUCCAAGAGUGGGAAGAGGAAAACGAAGGUCAAGAAGCACACGCUGAACCCGUCCUUCGACGAAGUCCUGCGGUUCACGACGACCAUGAGUGAGCUGGACUCGAGGACGCUGUGGGUGUCGGUGUGGCACAGCGACAUGUUCGGUCGCAACGACUUCUUGGGCGAGGUCGUCAUCCCCCUGGCGGACACGGUCUUCGAUGACGUCACGCCUAAGUGCUACCCGCUCCAGGAAAAGACGGAGCCCAUGGACGACCUGAGCUACAGCCCCCGGGGAGACCUGAUCCUGGCCCUGAAGUUCGUGCCCCCGGACGCCGUGACCGGAAGGAAGGCGCGGCGGUCCAGGGGCGCCCUCCACGUCCUCAUAAAGGAAGCCAAGAGCCUGGCCGCCAUUCGUCCUCACGGCACUGCUGAUCCUAUCUGCAAAGGGCUUCUUCUUCCCGAGAAGGGGAAAGCCUCCAAGCAGAAGACGAGCGUGUGCCGCAAGACGCUGAACCCGACGUGGAACCACACGUUGGUGUUCGAAGAUACUAGCCUGCAGGAGCUGACCGAGCGCUCUCUGGAGUUGUCGGUGUGGGACCACGACCGCCUCGGGACCUCGCAGUUCCUGGGCGGCUGCCGCUUGAACCUCGGUAAAGGCAAGCACGGAGGUCGAGCCGUGGAGUGGAUGGAGGCAGCGGGCAUGGAAGUGAAACUCUGGGAACAGAUGCUGGAGAGACCGAACCUGUGGGUCGAAGGCUCCAUCAUGCUGAGGCCUUCCAUGGACAAACCUAUUUACUCUUCAUCGAUGACUGAGUGAUCUUUGGUCAGCAUUUAGGAGUUUGGUAUUUGUAGUAUUAUACGAUUUCGAAACUGAGAUUGGAAGUUGUUUUUUUUUUAAUUGUCUAAUGAUUUUUUUUGGAGUAUGGUGUUUUAUAUGUAUGUGUAUCUCAUUUUCGUUUUUUUGAUAUGUGAUGAAGAAUGUUUAAUGUUGUACGGUAUUGUAUAAAUAGAACAAAAUCCUGAUGUCACUUCAACGAAUAUUUUUAUUAUAUAUUCAUUAACUUUCCAAAAUCAUUUCAUCACGUAAAAAUACACAUCUAUACUGACCAAAACAGAUCUUUCAGACAUUGGAGAUUUCAGACAAGGGAUAUUAACUUUCAGUAUUAAAUCCUGUGUAAGUAAACGAAAAAGAUAUUCUAAGUUCAAACCGAAAGGAUGAGAUGAUACCUCUCCUGACUUUUUAUUUAAAAAGUGCUGAUGACAUUCCAAACUUUGAAUGUAAAAUUACUUCAAAAUCUAUGUUCCUAAUCUUGUAAAACUUUAAGGAAAGAAACAUGAAACUUUCACCUCUGAGAUCAACUUGCACUGAUCUCUUAAUCAGAGUCCAGUCUUCAAUAUAUAUAUAUAUAUAUAUAUAUAUAUAUAUAUAUAUAUAUAUAUAUAUAUAUAUAUA